AUGUCUUCCAACGUCGGCCUCUCGACGCCCCGAGGCAGCGGCACCUCGGGCUACGUCCAGAAGAACAAAUCCCUCCUGAAACCCCGCGAUGCAGGGGCGCCCUAUCCCAAGGACUGGGAGCAGGUCAAGCACCGCCAGCGACAGCCCGACGCAGCUAUCCUCGAACACGAAGCUCGACGGGAGAUUGAGGUCAAAGUAUUUGAGCUGCGGGACAAGCUGGAAGAGGAAGGUGUCGACGAAGACGAGAUUGACGAGCAAUGUGCAGCACUGCGCAAGAAGCUAGAGGAUGAACGCAAAGCCGGCAAAAGCUUGGGGCCCAACGCGCGAAACCUCAAGUCGCAUCAGGUGCACGAUCUGGCAAAAGCAAAGAUUGAGGAGAGCGAGAGGUUGAGGAGGGCACUGGGCAUUAGUAAGGACUAUGAGGAGGGAAGCCAUUGGCGCAAGCAGGAAGAGCGGCUGAGGGACAGUCUGGCCCGCCGAGAUGGAGAGGACGAAAAGGACUCCAAGUAA